UCAAUGUGUGAACUGUAUUGAUUGAUGGAAGGCGACGGUUUAUGUUUUGAUUUUACGUCUUGUUUUCGUCAGCUGAUGCAGAACUUAGGUUAUUUGAAGUUUAAAAUUAAAAUAGACUGAAUUAAAGUUUGGCAUGUGCCUAACAGCAAGAUGAAUACUGGGUCCAAACUUGAUAUUAGCAAAUCUUCUUUGCUAAGCCUCCAGGCCGAACUUGCUAGAAAACGUGAAGAAGCUGCAAAGUCAAAAGCACAAGCUCAAGGAAACUAUAUCAAACCUCUCGCCAAGCCAGCAAAGAAUUCCAUUUUCAGUCGAUCGAAUGCAGGAUUAGAAAAUCGACAAGCAAAUGAUGUUCAUGAUUUGGCUCCGGAUGAGGAAUCAAAAAUAAAUAAAUCCAGAUCUAUCUUAGAAAAAAAGGCGAAACUUUAUGACAGUCUCUCAAAGAAUUCCUCAAAUCAUGAACAAUCAGAUUAUUUAGUAGACUUUUCUGGGAAGGCAAGUGAUGAUAGACAGUCCUAUGGUCGUGAUUCACCAGAUGAUGCUGAGGAAAGACGCAGGAGAGAGAAAGAGGAAGAAGAGGAGGAGGCCAGGAGGGCAGACAGUGAUGAAUAUGACGCACCAUCAGACCCAGAAGAUGAUUGGGUUGACUUCAAAGACUCUUUAGGACGAACUCGACGCUGUUUGCGACGUGACCUUUCUCGCUUUCGGGAACUGGAUGAUCGCCUUUUGAAAUCCCUAGAGCCAAAGACUCCCACUGUUGAGAGAGAAUCUCCUCCUCCUGGGCCAUCACCCCCUGCUGGACUUCCCGCAGGAUGCGCUGCUCCAGACCUCUUGUCGGAUGAUAUGAGAAGAGAGCAGCAGCGUUUGAAAUGGGAAGAAGAGGAGCAAAACUUGCGGGAUAAAUCGGACAUUCAUUACCAGGAUGUUCUGUUUGAAGAGGCUCGCACGCACGGCGUGGGCUACUUCCCGUUCUCGCGCGACGAGAGCGUGCGCCGGACGCAGCAGGACGACCUGAAGAAGCUGCGCAAGGAGACGGAGGCCAAGCAGAAGGCCGCCCUGACGCAGCGCGAGCGGCGCCAGCAGCUGCUCAACGCGCGCCUGCGGGCCGCGCACAACCGCAAGCGCGCCAGGGAGGGACUGCCGCCCCUCGGGGAGGACGAGGAGCUGCCCGGCGCCAAGACCGAGGAGGCCGAGCAGGUGGAGGAGCCCGAGCCCACCCCCGUGCCCACCGUCCAGCGAGCCAGCGGCCCCAGGCCCAGGCCGUCGCCCGCCAUCCGGCCGUGGGACAUCGGCAAAGAGGGCGUCCCAGUGCUGACUCAGUCCGAGUGGAACGACAAGCAGCGCGCCGAGCGGAAGAAGGAGUUCGCGCCGCCCUCGUUCUACGAGGACCGCCAGGGCGACCGCCAGGGCGCUGAGCGCCGCGACCGCCAGCCCGACCGCCGCCGAAGAAGAGACCGCGAUGACGACGACAUCGGUCCGCCCGCGCCCAGCAGCUCACCGCCCCCGGGACCCGCGCCGCCGCCGUCGCCACCCCCGGGCCCGGUGCCGGCCCCAGUGCCCGCCCCCGACCUGUCGUGGAUGAGCGUGCCGCCGCCGGCCAAGAGGCCCAAGCGGGACUGGCGCGCGGCGCAGGCGGCGCAGGAAGUGCGGCUGCCCAUGGAGGAGGAGGAGGACUUCUCCGAGGAGCCGCCGCCGCCCGGGGUGACGGAGCCGCCGUCGCCGCCAGCGCCGCGCCGCCGCGAGGAGAAGAAGAAGGGUGGCAGCGACGCGGGCCGCGUGGGCGCGGAGAUCGCGCCGCCGCCCACCAUCGAGUACUUCGGGCCCUCCGAGUCGGCGGCCGAGCGCAGCAGGAGGGCCGGCCAGGGCGGCGGCCAGGGCGACCUCUCGGCGGCCAUCUCGGCGGGGCUGCGCUACCUCAGGGAGGAGAGCGAGAAGAAGGAGCGGAAGCGCACCGACAAGGGCUGGGCGGACUUCAUGUAGAGCCGAUGUUACCACCUCGGGAAAUAAAUUGUGAUACUUUUGUCGUA